AGAGCAGCAGUGAAUGGCUGUAUCUAGAGAGUGUUUGUGAGACAGACGCAGCAUUUAUCUGGUCGAAUGAAUCUCACCUGGAUUUAUCUGCUGGUCUUACACUUGCUCUACGAUCGGAAGAUGAAUCAAAGGAUCAAACUGUCUCGUAUAUGGCACUCACAAACACUCAAGACACAGUGAGAGUUCAAGGUCUCUCUCCUGGACAUGUCUAUCAUUUCUCACUGGUUCUUAUGCGCCCCAGUGGGGUGUCUCAGACACUUGGACCCAUUUUCUUUGCCAAUACAAAGCCAAAUCCUCCUCAGAAUCUCACAGUGACAGCUGUCACGUCCAGUCAGAUUGCAUUGUGUUGGACUGCCCCCGAUUCUACCCAUAAUGCUCAGUUUGAGAACUUCAUCCUGCACUGGGUGGAUCUAGUCUCUGGCAGAGGCCUUGCCAUUCACUUGGAAAAGUUGAAUCAGAGCGCUGUGAUUGGUGGGUUGAAGGCAUAUCGUGCCCACAGGAUCACAGUUGUGUCUGUCACAGCUCAAGGUGUGGAAAGCUCUGACAGUCUGUCCGUGACUGUUAUCACAGAGGUUAGUCCUCCACACAGGGUCUCAGCUGAUGCUGUGGGUCUGGAGAACAUGACUGUGUGCUGGUGGCCUUCACUGCAUGAGGAAGUUGAUCAAUAUUACAUCAAGCUCCAUCCACAAAAAAAUCAGGAUCAAACUAGAGAGUUCUGGGUAAAUGACUCCACCUGCAUCUCUCUUACACAGCUCAAAUCAGGUGGGACAUAUGAAGUGGGAGUGGCUGCAUUGAAGGGCAGAAACAUGAGCGUAGCGACAACCAUACAACAGACUCUAAAACCUGAUAGCAUCCAGAUUGCUGUCCCAUACACAGUUGGCACACACUCUGUGGAGCUCUUUGUGCAGAUGCCCAGAAACAGCAUUUAUGAUGGCGUCACCAUUACUUACCAGAAUAAUCGAUCCUGGACGCCAGUGUCCAAAGACAGCACCAAACUGUUAGUCGACAACCUGAGUCCAGGAACACAGUAUGACUUUAAUGUGUUUGUGACCAGCAGAGACACGAGCAGUGAAGGCUUUGUUCUGCCACCUGUGAGAACCUGUUUGUCUCCGCCCACUCAUGUGCGUGCUGGUGUUGUGACUGACAGCUCUAUAGAGCUCCUGUGGGACGGGGCUGAGGGGGGCAGCCACCAUUAUGAGGCGCUGUGUGCAGAAGGUAGUCGACACUAG